UUUAAAGGAAAAGAAAUAUCGUGAUGUUAACAAACAUUAUAUAUAAUAUUAGUAAAUUGUAUGAUAUACUCCAAUACUUUGCUGUUCACUUACAGUUCGUCUUUCAACCUAACAACAUGUAUGUAGUUGAAGAACAUUAUUAUACAAUCAAUGAAGCAUUUUUAAAGAUAUUAGGUAUCUGGCCUCAUAACAAAUCACGAUUGGUAUUCUACCAACGGAUGUUGUUCAUGACUUUAGCUGUAACAGGUAUUUUUCUGCAGUUGGCAGUUUUCAUUACAACGACGUAUGAUAUUACUCUCUUCGUUAAAAUUAUGUCGAUCGUUUGUCCUUGUAUAUUAAUUACACUAAAGUACUUUGUUUUCAUUUUUAAAUUAAAAACUAUAAAAUUCCUACAUCAUUUUAUCCAAGAAGACUGGAAAAUAAUGCGAAAUAAGUUAGAAAAUGAUAUUAUACAGAAACAUGCUCACGAAUGUCGAAAUUAUAUUAUCUUUAUAUUUCGAUGCAGCAGUGUUCUAAUGGUUAUUUUAGUCUUAAUCCAAGCAUUUCCUAGUAUUCUUGAUUUUGUAUUGCCGCUAGACGAAUCUCGACCAUUCAAAUUUAUUGUUGAGGUUGAAUAUUUUAUUUCUCAGGAUACUUAUUUCUAUAUCAUACUACUUCAUCUUGUAAUUGUGUUGGCAUUAUAUGCGUCAAUAAUUUUAGCUACAGCAACGCAAUUGUUGUUAUUUUCAUAUCACUCUUUAGGGAUGUUUAAAAUUGCUAGUCAUCGAAUUGAGUAUUUCAUCGAUGAUCAUAUCAUAUGUAUGUCAAAGUAUGAAAAGGAACGCUCAAUUUGCAAGGAAAUUACUCAUAUUGUAAAAGCACACCGUAGAGCUAUAGAGUUUUCUAAUAUUUUAACGUCAUCGUUUAAUUUGCCAUAUUGUAUUAUUGCUAUCGUUGGAGUGUUAUCAUUGAGCAUCAAUUUAUUCAGAUUUUUUCAAGCAAUAACAAUAUCACGGAACAUAGGAGAGAUAUUAAUAUCUUUUUUUAUUGUUUUUGGUCAUCUAAUUUAUAUGUUUAUAGCGAAUUAUAUGGGACAGCAAGUUACCGAUUACAAUAACAAGGUUUUUAGAUCAACAUAUAAUACAUCAUGGUAUUUAAUGCCUGUUACAUCACAAAAACUGAUUUUAUUUUUAAUGACAAGAACUAGUAAAGAUUUUUACUAUUCGAUCGGCUACAUAUUUGUGGCAAAGAUAGAAAAUUUUGCCAUGCUCGUAAAUACUGCUCUGUCCUACGUUGCCGUGAUGUUUUCUAUCCAAUAAAAAUAAAAAAGACGCAUCAGUAAUGCAAUCGAUAAAUUUAAUUAUUUUUUCAUUAAUACGUAAAAAUAUAAAAUAGCAUUAAGAUGUUAGCCGUAUAUAAUUUUGUAAGGACAUUAGUUUUUAUGUUUUUUUGCCAUAAUAUAUUCGUACGUAGCACAAGAUCUCUCUUUAAAUAUAUAUAAAUUAUUUAAGUUAUAUUAAAAUUUAUUCUAUUAUUGCAUUUCACAUUUAGAGCCCUUUUAUAUUCAAAACUGUGAACUACUAUCAAUAUAAUAAUAGUAAUUAAAUGUGCUUUUUGAUGUGAAAGAAAUGUAAAUGUAACAUGUUGUAAAAAGUAUUCUAUCAAAAGCUUUUUUUGUUCGAGUUUUCUUAUUAAUUAAAGGAUGUCGUUAAAUUAUUAA